AUGACGGAGCCAAAUCGAGGAGUCGGCGGCAACAAAGAGGCGCAGAGUCAUGCUGGCCCUUCCUCGUCGUCUCGAGCGGCGUCAUCUCGCAUCGAGAAAGGGCCUACGCGAGUGCCCUCAUCCUCAUCUUCCUCCCGUCCCAAGGCGAGCGCAUCGGCACCAAAAGCCCGGGCCUCAUCAAGCAAAGCCCUGCCUGGCUCCAUAGCAGCAGCCGCAGCUGCAUCACCCUCCUCUCGCAAGACCAGUGCCACCAAGCCACCUGCCAAGACUCGUAGUAUCAGACCAUCUCAUCCACCACUCGCAGCACAGGGCACGGAGCCAAAGGUCUGCCGGCACUGUCGCUCCACCUCUGUCUCCUUCUGGUGCGAGCGCUGCGCCCUUGCUCAGCUGGAGCGAUUCCGUGACAAUAUCCAACGAGUCGGCCUCGCGAGAGAUGAAGUUAAAGGCAAAGCUGCCGCCUUCUUGGGGGAUCCGGCUGGCAUGCCUUCUGCAACGCAGAGUCUGCCAGACCCUUUCGGCCCGCAAGCCACCGAGCCUCACCCGAUCGCUUCUCAUCAUGGACGGGCUGUCAGAGCAAGGUGGCAUGAGUUGUCCGAUGAGGUAGGACAGAGGAAGGUGGAGCAGAUGAAGAGCGAUGCGGAGGUGAGACAGCUACGCGAGAGUGUGCGAAAGAGGGGAGAGGCACUUGAACAUAGAAGGAAAGCCUUGGAGCAGGCGAAAGGGUUGCUGGCCUCUGGCUCAUCGAGGUCAGAGGUUGAGGAGGAUAUCUCACGAUUGCGACGAGUGGACACUGAGCUACGAGAGGAGCUCGCCAGCACCAGAAGAAGACGGCAGCGCGCACUGCUCGAAAUAUACAGCGUCGCUCCUCCAUCCACUUCCGCACCCUCAAGCGUCGCUCUCAGCAAAGCAAGAGCGCGCUACGUGCCCGGAGCAUUCGAGUCCCGUCGGUCGACAGCAGGCUCUGGCCUGCCGAUACAACCUUUACCUCCUUCAGUGGACUGGACCCUACUACCGCCCUCAAGUCGUCUGGCGCUGCCCCUCCCCACCGCCUCGGACAUUCGCCGCUUCCCCCGCUCAAACGUCAAUGCCGCUGCAGCGCUCACUGCUCAGCUGCUCCAGCGCCAAGCUGCUACCUGUGGGGUGGCACUGCCCUUCUCUCUUGGAGUGGAGAAGGACGGACGGUGGGCAUUACGGUCGGACCCGCUUUGGACUGGCGCGGGAAACGGCGUUGGGAGUGGAGUGACGGGCGUGGACUCGAAGCACAGCCUGCAUCUAGGCAAGAGCGCCUACGAACUCAUGGCGGAAGCUGGUGGAGCGAGAGGGGGAUUGACCGUCAGCCAAGCUUCGCCCGCUGCAUCCCUCAUCGCAGCCGGCGGCGGGCUUGCAAGGGAGAAGAUCGAGCAAUCCCUCGCUUCGUUGAAGACGUCGACUUUCGCCAGCUUGGGCAGCUUCGUACAGCUGCCCGGACGACAGCACCAAACUUGGAGCAGGGCGUCGGUAAUACAAGAAGGAGGGGAAGGGGAUGAAGGUGCAUCAGCUCCCGCAGCAUCGACGACACCAUCGACGACCACCGCACCCUCUUCAUCCGCCCUCACCUCCGCUCAGACAUUCUGUCGCGCCCUCAUCAUGCUAGCUUACGACGCGGCCUACCUAGCAUGGACGCAGGGUGCGCCAGUGGACCUGAUUGCCGCGGGUGGGAGCACUCUCAAGCUCAUGGCUGCUGCAGCUGGCGGCGGCACUGGAAGUGGGAAGAUUCAAUCGCACGCGGAUGGGCCGAGGGCGCUGGGUGACUUUACGUUCCCAGCGCUAGACUUUGCAAAGUUGCUGCAAUUGCACGAGCUGGGCGGGAGUGCGGCUGAGCAACGCGCUUCUGCGGUGAGUCCAACCGCGAAGAGCAAGGCGAGCAGUGGUGUCGGUGGCUCUGCAGGCCCGCCAUCACGGUCAACAACGAAGACGACUGCCUCUGCCCUCAAGCCAGGCCUAGAGGACAGCUACAUCGAUGCGGGGCAGGCAGCGGCCAGCAUCUUGGAUGACAAGCAGUCUCGCAGACCUCCGGCCGGCGGGCUUACCUCUACUUCCUCGUCUUCCUCUCAACACCAGCCAGCUUCAGCAGCAAAGCGCCAACCCUCGAAGUCUUCUGCAGCAGCAGCCAAACCACAGCUCCCGCCGAGCAACCUGAGCUCUCUGCGGCAAAGAGGACAAGACGUCGCGCGCCAAGGUCGUCAAGCGCCUUUACCAGUGGCUGAGAGUGGAAUCUUCGUCAGUAAAUCGUCGCCUUUGAGCGGCAAAAAAGCUCCUACGGCUGCUAGCAAAGCGGCUCCCUCAACGCAGCGCCCGUCCAAGGUAAAGGGGCCAAAUUCCUCUCGCCCCGCCGUGCCUGAGCAAAGCAGGACAACAUCCUCUGGUAGCAAUGGCGGCGGCGGCACAGUCACCUUUAAUGGGCAGCAGAUUGCGCUGGGGACUACAGACAGCAGUAGCGGCGAGGAGGACGAGGCGCGGCCGAGGAAGAGGAGCGGACGCAGGGAGGCGGGGCAUCGUGCCACCAGCGGCGGUGGCAGCGGUGCUCGGAAGGAAAAGACGGCUACGGCUGAGGAUGAUUGGGAUGUCGUGUAG